AUGGAUCCGCCUCAAGAGGUGAAAUUAAAUCUCGCCAGUGAGCUUUAUGGACAAAGUUUACAUCUUUCGAAACCUGGUAAUGAUGAUCAAGCUCCUGAGGAUUUAGAUGAAUACUUUUACGGAGAUCCGGAUGAUCAAGAACCAAGUGAUGCUCGCUUGUUGGACAGGGAAUGGGAGUGUAGGCAGAAGAAAUACAACGAGUCUGGAUACCGCGAUGGGAUUAUCGCCGGGAAAGAAGCUGCUUCGCAAGAAGGUUACAACAUUGGCUAUAAAGAAUCAGUUCUUGAUGGAUACAAGUUUGGUAUUGUUAGAGGUGUUUCCAGUGCGUUGGCUUUCCUACCGGAUGAUCUUAGAGAGAAGCUGAGCGAUGAACAAGAGACAAGAGACAAGUUUCAGGAGUUACACAAUUCUGUGUAUGCUCUCUCUACGAAAGACGCAAUGAAACUGUUUUAUGAAACUCUGACAUCAAACCAAGGGGAAGAGAAGAGUGGAGAAGAAGAGCCUCGCUCUGGUUCUGACUUGGGAAGCUAUGUUACUGAGCUAAGCUCUCUUCUUGUCAAAUCUCCUAAGAUUGAAGUUAAAUUAGACAAAUAG